AUUUGUCUAUAUAUCCAUUCCCCUAGCCUUGAUCCGCCUUUGCUGCAACUCACAGCGUGGUCGCUCCCUGUCAAACGUGCAACAGGACUCUGCCAGUAAAAUCUAGAGAGAGAGAGUUUUAAAUUCUUCGGAACGGAACUAGGAGAGCAAGUCACUGACAGCUGGCGCAGAAAGUUUCCCAGUUUCACAGCUGAAGUACAGGCGGGCCGGGGGCGGUGUGAGGAAAUCCGUGUCAGCAAUGGAUGAAGAGAGGGGGCAUGUUCCGAUGUGAAUUCUCCACAUUCGGGUCUGAUUUGGAUGGACCGACCGCUGCCAGUGUGAUGUUGGAGUUUCUUCUUUGUGUGUGUGUGUGCCGGGAGUCAAAGACGCUUCUUGAGAAACGUCGUCCUCACGUCAUCGCAGGGGAUGGUAAGGGGCUGAGCUAUUUGAAAUGCUGCGAUUGCAGAGUCUCUCUCCAUCUCUGUAUGUGUAUGUGUAUGUGUGUGUGAGAGAGAGACAGAGAGGUGUGGAGACAGACUGCGAGAAUUAAAAGUCAGGGAGGUGGGGUGGGGGUGGGGGCGGCUGAUCAGGAAAUGCCAGACGCUGCCCUGGCGGAGCUGUCAGAUCACAGCGAGCGUCCUCAGCCGCCCCUGGACCAGGAACGAGACCGGCCCGGCUGAAGAUGACCCUGAUCGGCGAGGAGAAUAUCGACGAGUCGGUGGUGUUGACCGCGCUCUCUCAGGAUAACCGCGAACCCGAGGAGCUGGGGCAGGAAUGCUGCGAGAGGGCGUUCAUCAACAUCUCGGGGCUGCGCUUCGAGACACAGCUCAGGACCCUGGCCCAGUUCCCCAACACCUUACUCGGCAACCCGAGGAAGAGGAUGCGCUACUUCGACCCCCUUCGGAACGAGUAUUUCUUCGACAGGAAUCGCCCCAGCUUCGACGCCAUCCUGUACUUCUACCAGUCGGGCGGGAGGUUGAGGAGACCUGUUAACGUGCCCGUCGACAUUUUCCUGGAGGAGAUCAAAUUUUAUGAGAUGGGCGAUGAGGCCAUCGACAAUCUCCGGGAAGAGGAGGGUUUCAUUAAAGAAGAGGAGCGAAUUCUGCCCAGCAAUGAGUACCAGCGUCAAGUUUGGCUGCUGUUCGAAUACCCCGAGAGCUCGGGAGCUGCCAAAGGUAUUGCCAUCGUCUCCGUCCUUGUCAUUCUCAUCUCCAUCAUCAUAUUCUGCUUAGAGACCCUGCCUGAAUUCAGAGAAGAUUCCCGCCCGGACCUGAUGAGAUUUGCUACCAAUGGCACGGAACCCUUGGGGGUGAAGUCGUUCACCGACCCGUUCUUCAUCAUCGAGACACUGUGCAUCGUCUGGUUCUCUUUCGAACUGUUGGUGAGAUUCUUCUCCUGCCCCAGCAAGCCGGGCUUUUUCAAGAACAUCAUGAACAUCAUCGACAUAGUGGCCAUCAUCCCGUAUUUCAUCACCCUAUUCACCGAGUUAGUGUACCACCAAAGCAACGGGCAACAGACCAUGUCCUUGGCCAUCCUCAGGGUCAUUCGGCUUGUUCGGGUCUUCCGCAUCUUCAAGCUCUCCCGCCACUCCAAGGGUCUCCAGAUCCUGGGGAAAACCCUGCAGGCCAGCCUGAGGGAGCUGGGCCUGCUCAUCUUCUUCCUCUUCAUCGGUGUCAUCCUCUUCUCCAGCGCUGUCUACUUCGCCGAGACGGACGACCCGGACUCGAGUUUCUCUAGCAUCCCCGACGCCUUCUGGUGGGCAGUGGUCUCCAUGACCACGGUGGGCUACGGGGACAUGUACCCCAUCACCAUCGGCGGCAAGAUCGUGGGGUCGUUGUGUGCUAUCGCCGGCGUCCUGACCAUCGCCCUGCCCGUGCCCGUCAUCGUCUCCAACUUCAACUACUUCUACCACCGGGAGAACGAGCAUGAGGACCAGGCUGAGUACCUGCAUGUCAGCAGCAAGCAGCAGGCAGCUUCCCUGGGCCGCUUCAAGACGAGCAACCAGUCGCUGGACAAAAGCGAGAACUUGGAGGUAGAGGACAACGUGGACGCGCUGUUCCUGGAUCCUGACCCAUACCCCGGCUACACCCCGUCCAGACAGAAACCCCCAACCAAGAAAAUAUUCACUGAUGUAUGAUCAAAAGCAGAGGAAAGGAUGGGGAGAGGGUAACUCGAGUGUUGGGAUCAGAGGAGAAGGGGGAAACUGAAACACAAACCGAGAAACCCUAAAUCCAGUGUUUUCAGUCACAUUAAAAGUAACAUUAUCUGAUAGCCUCAAACCCAUGGAAGCUAAAUAUUUUUGUACCAAUACAUGUGUGACAGAAUCAUAUCUAGGCGAGGGAGGGAGGGGGAGCAUCGAAUUGAAAAACAAAAAAAAGUCUUCCUUUUUUCUUAGCUUUGCUGUCAACGUGUGUAGUCUACUUAACAUUUUUUUCUGCGGUUUAAUGCGACUUGCCCGCCAUUUUUUUUUUUUCACUGGUCUUGACACAUUUCACGAAAAGGUUAACCUUCAAAGUGUGUCAUUUGUGUUGAACAAAAAUGAACCGUACAGCAUCUAUUUUUUAAAAAGCCAACGGCUUCUGUCGCCCUCUUCCCCUCCUCUCGCUUCCUCUCCACUAAUGGCGCAUCAAUUCAUGGAGAGGGGAGGCAUCUUUUCAUGGGGGAGAAUUUGGGGGAUGGGGAGGGGGUUGAUUUCUCCUGCCUGGGACCAUGUCUCUCCGAGGGUUGGGUGAGGGGGUGUGGGGGGAGGGUGCUAUUCACAACAUCAUGACCCUUCCAACGUCUCGACCUGCCCCUGAGGAGAAGGGCAAAAAAAAAGAGAAACGAGGGUUUUGAAUUGUCAAAACAAAAGGCAAACGUUUGCAAAGGAAGCUGACGGGGGCGGAGGGGAAGAACCAAACAGCAAUUAAAUAGAGUGAAAUGGAGAAAAGGACAACAAAAAAGUGCAAAAUUACAAGCCGGAACAACACACGCAGCUGUUGCUAUCUUCUGCAAUCCUAGAAGUGAAUAACCAAACAGGAAGCCAUUUCCAGCAUUCAUCUGGCUCUUCAUUUGAUGCUGCGUCCAACACUUUUUAUUACCAUAGCCGAAUCCAUUUGAUAUAGAGUUCUCCCUCCGCCACUCUCUGAACUGUGGGUGCGAGGGGAGACUAAAAAUCAGUUCGCGCGUUUGCUUAUUCACCUCCAUCAGCAUUCGUGCGCUGCAUCUCUGUUUAAACUCUCAACAGUUGAAAGAAUGGGGACUGUUGGCUUCAUGCGCAGGUGGAUUUAUGUUUACAUUCGUGUCACAAAUUAUCCUCCUCCCUCGACCAUAAACAGCAACAACCAGAGAGAAAAAACAACAACAAACAAGCAUCUUUUUUUUCCCAAGUGCCUGUCUGAGAGGGAGAGAUAAAGGAGACAAAAUAAAGGACACGUGUGCGAGCCCAGGCUCAGACCGGGCUCUGGAAGUAGGGGCGCUGUUGCGGCGGGGAAUACGCCAGCGCCGCCCCGCGGGACAAUUUUCAGGAGCGUCGGCGGUUGCUAUGUCAACCUUCUCGACUGUUCUCCAGUGUGACACUUUAAUUUGCAGCAUCGUCCUUUAAAAAGAGAGAGAGAGAGAGAUAUGUUCCACCAAUGCACCGUUGCAUUUCCCUUGGUUUGAGAAUGGUUGGAUGCUAAGAAGCGUUUAAGAAUCAUGCCAGAGCGACCGCAGCCCUGUGAAUGAAGUUCCCUGUGCUCUCUGCAUUUCGUGCACCGUUCGCUGUGCGAGCAUUGACCCCUCAACCCCCUCCCCAAGGAAACAACAGGAUCCAGCACUGAACUGCAGACAUAGACAGUGCAAAUGUCAAUGCCUUUUCUUUUAAAGGUUGAGGGAACGAACGCACUUUGACCGCUGCACGAUACCCAACUGAAAUCACUGCAGGAAAGAUUUAUUUUUCGAUUAUAAUCGGCGUUAAAUAGAACAAAAAAUAUAGGAAAAUCGGAAUCCCUGUUUUGUUGAUACGUGCCAAGGCCCGAUCAUUCGAGUGGUCGCGCCAUAUGACAAUCCAAAAUAGCCACAUUGCCUUGGUGGUGGCGAAAACAAACUCAGGAUCAACGGAUUAAUAACCGGAUCCCGGGAGGGGGGCGGGGGGGGGGGGGGGGGGGGAAGGAAGGGGUUUGGAGGGGGAAUCGUAUCUUUGUUCAAUUCAGACCAAUUAUCCGAGUUGGGCCGCUCCUUGGCAAGCAAGAGGCAACAUUUUUAUAGGUACUCCAAAAUAGUCCCUAAAAAGCCAGGAGUGACAACCACCGCCGCGCCCCCACCCCCAACCAAACCCCUAGAAUGAGUUACUGAAGUCCCUGUCAGACGAAGGGGUGAAUGAUCUUUCCUUUGAUUCCAUGAGGGCAGUAAUAAGCCGCAUCAUUGUAUUUGCGACUGGGGAAUUUUGAAGGGACUGCUGCCGAUUCCUUACGUGAUUCCUCGCUGAUCCAGGAUGCCAUCAAAUGAGACAUUGAACGACCUGCUUGGAAUCCCCAAGUCUUGCUCUGUCAGCCUGUGAGGUUUAGGGAAAGGACUCAUACCGCCUAACAUCCUUGGAAGUCAGCCACACCGAAGGAAGGCAGGGUUCCUUCAAAUCGGAAAACCCAAGAUUCACAAAGGAAGGGACAGGGAGAUCACGAAUACAAUGGACCUGACAGUUUGGAGAGAGGCACGGUAUGAAAGGAAACUGGAACAGAGGUUCUGGCUGCAUAAUGACCCCUUCUACGCACCAGCUGACCAAAUUGAUGCCUACUGCUUGAUCCAAAAGAAAUAAAUAAUUCGGAAUCAUUGUGUGCCAACUUGUUGGGAAAAGCCAGAAGGCCAACAAUAGAAUUGGAAGAAAAACACAGGUACCUAAACAUACUGGAAAGAGAGGAUUCCACGCACACUGUAUCUGAUACUGUCUCACAACAGAACUCAUUCAGUUGCUUGUAUUCAUUCACUUCUCUAAAUGUAUACAAACAGAUUUUCAUGACAUUUUAUUUUCCGUUUUACCUUUUAAGGAUUAUUUCCUACCUUUCACUUACCACAAAAUGUAGAAGACUUAUACAUUAUAAGGAAAUAAUUUCAAACUUAUAUGGAGGCCCUUACUGUACUGAUCACACAAUGUGCUUAUUAUCUAUUAGUUAACCCAGUGGAAAUACUUUAUUUUAGGGGAAACAGCUAUUCUUCUAACAAUUAAAGAGUAACAUAAGGGGGUCUGUCUAUCAUUUGUAGACAGUAAACACUGUCCUGAAACUACGGGCUUAAUGUUGGAGGUGAAUUGUUCAAAUAUCUAUUUUUGUAUAUAUUCUAUAUGUUUUAUAUCAAAUAAUUAAGUUUCUAGUGAUAUAUUGAUUUUAAAAAUUAAAGCGUUUUAUUUUGCCUGUACUCAAAUUUUAAUUUCUUUUGGAGAUCUGUUUAGGAUGAUGAUGGUAAAUGAUCCAGCAAUUGCAUUUUUAUCAUAAUCUGAUUUAUUGGUAAGGAUAAUUUGUUGCAUCUUGUUCUCAAGUUGCCAAUGCACUUGUGUCAAAUCAUUGUAUCACUGUAAUUAAAAACAUCUACCUCAGUUUGAUGUA